ACUAAAUCAAUGUGGUCCAGUGAUCAAAGAGUGAGCUGAAGAUCUGUGACCCUCUUUUCCAGGAGGGAUCAAAAUCAAAACAAAAUACAUUGUUGAAACACACAACACAUUCAGCAAAAAAGCAAAAAAAAAAAUCUACUAUAGUGUAAUGGGAAUUGUUUUGGCUAUUGUUGUGUUAUCACAAUUUCCUUUCUACUAUUAUGUAUGGAAUUGGCCUCAAUCAUGGGUGGACUUAUGUGGUAAAGGAAGAGACCCUUCAAAGAUUAUGGCUUAUGUUGGUCAUUUGUUGAAGAUCAUUCAGUUCAUUUCACUCUUUUCUGUCUCUUCUUUUCAUUGGCCUCCUCCUUUUUACUUCUGGCCACUUUUUGCCUUUGGACAGUUCCUUAACUUCAGGGUUUAUCAGUUGCUUGGUGAGGCUGGCACGUAUUACGGUGUACGCUUCGGAAAGACAAUUCCUUGGGUAACCGAAUUCCCUUUCGGAGUCAUCAGUGAUCCUCAAUAUAUUGGCAGCAUCAUGAGUCUUCUAGCAUGCCUUCCAUGGGUUCCUUUUCAGUACAUUCUCCUGUGGAUUUUAGGAUAUGUGUUUAUGAUUCGUGUCGAAUCAAAGGAAGAUGCAUCGACUCGUGCGAAGCCACUCAACUGAUUUAAUUUCAGUAGAUUAGAUAUAACUUGGACGAUUCAGUUGCAUCUGAGGUGCCAAACUCUCUGUAUGUUUCUGCUUCUUGCUUCUGCAUUGGAAUCUCGUCUCUAUUUAUAUGUUCUGAUUCCACAAAACAAUUUCAAAUGAACUGCAGUUUGUCGAUACAGAUUUGGAUUCUCUACUUCCCUCUGCAGUCUUUCUAGUCAGACGUCAGCCGUUGGAUUAUUCCAACUGACUAAGACAUCAUUGAGGCGGCUAUUGACAUAUGUAUGUGACAAGCUUUUCAAAGUGUACACUGAUUUAGGUGAUAAUUUUAAUAAGUGCAAUCUUGCACAUGUGAUAACGAUUCACAUUUUUUGUU